GGGGGCGGGGCCAACGACCUUUGCUUCCCCUUGCCGCAUGUUCCCCUCACGUCCUCCUCACCCUCUUCCACUCCCCACCGCUCACCAUCGUCGUUGUCGCGCGCUCGCUCUCCCUCGGAGCUCCCCGUGAUUCCUCCCAUGGACGGGCUGCCUGGGGAGCUGUGCUUCAAGAUCUUCCACCUCCUCGAUCACCAGUCCCUCGCCGCCGCUCCCCGAGUCUGCAGGAAGUGGAACGCGUUGACCUGCGACGACGAGCUGUGGCGCAAGCUGUUCGAGGACCGGUGGGGAGCAGACGCCACGGCCUUCUACGCGCCGGAGCCGGAGGGCGCCAAGCCCUGGAAGGACGUCUUCGUCGUGCAGGACCGAUGCGACCGAUACGGCCUGGGCGUCAGGAUCAUCAGGGAAGGAAACGACUACUACCUGAUCUACCAAGGCGAGAUCCAGAGCUACCUGGGCACGAGCUGCGACGCCAAGGAUGCGCAGCCGCAGGGUGCUGAAGCCGAGAAGAGGCAGAUAUCUGACCGGAUCCUCUUCUUCCUGGGGGACUUGGAGACUGCUUAUGCAGACGCCAAGCGUGUCAAGGUGUGACCGCGUCGUUCAUUACACAAAACUGUUGAAAUGUCUGUAAAAUUCUUGUCCUUGCUUUGCAUAGCUCGUGCAUAAGGUUGUAUCUAGUCUACGUACAGACAUCCCAUAGUGUUUCACCGUCGUAUUCUUCGUCUGGAAAUUACAGUUCAGAUGCUCACCUUUUACUAAUCUUCUUGCAGUUGCCAAACCGCAGAUAAUGUACGAUACAGUUAUUCAGUCGCUUAUUCUUGUAAUAGCAGUAAUGAAACAGUGGUGAAGGGCAACAAA